AUGGAAGAAGAAUUAGAUUUAUCAUCUUUGGAGCCUGAAGAUAUAGAUGAUGACGUGCUUGGCGUAGAUUUCAAUAUUAUAUCAAUUAUACGAAGACACUUAGAAAUAACCACUACUUUAGCUGCGGUAACAAUGUUAUGCAUUGUUGCACACGCGUUGAGUAUUUUGGAAAUGUACUGGAGUGAUUCCAGUAGUGAUUGUUUAGGGGCCAUAGACGGUACUCAUGUUCGUGUCAAGGUGCCAAGAUCUGAUGCUCCGAGAUUUCGAGGAAGAAAAGAUUGGCCAACUCAAAAUGUGUUCGCCGCGUGUGAUUUUGACAUGAAAUUCACAUACGUUCUUGCUGGGUGGGAAGGCACUGCAUCGGAUUCAAGAAUUUUAAAAAAUGCUCUUGAUCGAGAUGAUCCGUUGGUUAUACCGCAAGGAAAAUACUACCUCGGUGAUGCUGGAUUUAUGUUGAAAAGCACUGUUUUGACUCCAUAUAGAGGCGUCAGAUAUCACCUUAAGGAAUAUACACGCAGAGGACCACAAAAUGCACGCGAGUUGUUUAAUCAUCAACAUUCAUCCUUGAGAAAUGUUAUUGAAAGAACUUUUGGGGUGUUGAAAAAAAGAUUCCCUAUCAUUGCAAGUGGCAUUGAACCACACUACGAUUUGGAGACGAUGACAGAGAUUAUCUUAGCAUGUUGUAUCUUACACAACUUCCUUCCUAGUGUGGAUCAUGAUGACUCAUUACUUGAUGAAGUUGAUAAUGAGUUCAAUGAAAGAGAAGAGCAUAAUGUUUCAUCGUCUCAAGUUAGGGAAGAGGAUCAUAGGAUGGGUAGUAGUAUUAGGGAUGCCAUAGCGGAUCAUAUGUGGCGAGAUUAUCAGAACUCUUAG